AUGGCUUCCCUUCAUCCAUCUGUUCCAUCAGCAGGUUGUGAAACUAAAACCAAUUUAGAAUCCCUCCAAAGAACCGUGGCAGACAUUGAAGCCACCACACUAGAAACCAUGAAAAAGAGAGAAGAAUGUGAAGUUGGUAUAUGCUUAACAUGGAAGGAUAUAUGGGUAAAUAAAAUUUUAAAUGGAAAGAAUGGAAGCAGAUCAAUUCUUCACGGACUAACAGGUUAUGUUAAGCCAGGUCAACUUUUGGCCAUAAUGGGCCCUUCUGGCUGUGGCAAGUCUACACUACUUGAUACUUUAGCAGGCAGAUUAGGCCCAAGCACAAGACGAACAGGGGAAAUUUUGAUCAACGGUCACAAACAGGAACUAUCUUAUGGAACCUCGGCUUAUGUAACUCAAGAUGAUACGUUAUUGACAACCUUGACUGUUAGAGAAGCAGUGUACUAUUCAGCUCAACUUCAAUUACCUGACUCAAUGUCUAAGGAAGAGAAGAAAGAGAGAGCUGAUUUUACAAUCAGAGAAAUGGGUCUGCAAGAUGCUACUAACACAAUAAUUGGAGGAUGGGGUGUUAAAGGCAUAAGUGGAGGUCAGAAAAGGAGAGUUAGCAUUUGCAUUGAGAUCCUUACACGUCCAAAACUUCUUUUUCUUGAUGAACCAACAAGUGGACUUGAUAGUGCUGCUUCUUACUAUGUUAUGACAAGAAUUGCUACCUUGGAUCAUAAAGAUGGUAUUCAGAGGACUAUUAUUACUUCCAUCCAUCAACCUGGUACCGAAGUUUUUCAACUUUUUCACAACCUUUGUCUUCUCUCUUCAGGUAGACUUGUAUACUUUGGACCUGCUUCUGCUGCAACUGAGUUUUUUGCAAUGAAUGGUUUUCCUUGUCCUCCUCUCCAAAACCCAUCUGAUCAUUUACUUAAAACUAUAAACAAAGACUUUGAUCAGGUCAUUGAGACAGCAUUGGCAGAUAAUGGAACAAUGCCCACCGAAGAAGCAAUUUGUAUCCUUGUGAAUGCAUAUAAAUCAUCUGAAAUGUAUCAAGAUGUUCAUAAUGAAAUAGCAGUCCUAUCUAAAAAGCACACAAGUUCAUUGGAUUGCAAGAAAGAAGAGCAUGCAAAGUUCCUUAAUCAAUGCCUAGUUCUUAUCAAACGGUCAUCAGUGAACAUGUUUCGUGAUCUAGGCUAUUACUGGUUACGUUUUGGCAUAUAUGUUGCAUUGGCUAUAAGUUUAGGCACUGUUUACUACGAUUUGGGUACAAAUUAUGGCUCAAUUAAGGAUCGAGGUUCACUUCUUUCAUUUGUCUCUGGCUUCUUAACUUUCAUGAGCAUCGGUGGAUUUCCUUCCUUUGUGGAAGACAUGAAAGUAUUUCAACGAGAAAGACAGAACGGGCAUUAUGGUGUGAUUGCUUAUGUGAUUGGGAACACUUUUUCCUCGAUUCCGUUCAUUUUUUUGGUUACAAUGAUUCCCGCAGCUAUAACUUAUUACCUCUCUGGUCUUCACAAUGGAUCCGAACACUUUUUGUACUUCGCUGCAGUUUUAUUUUCGAGUCUAAUGUUGGUGGAAAGUCUUAUGAUGAUAGUAGCAAGCGUUGUCCCUAACCAUCUAAUGGGAAUCAUAACUGGUGCUGGAAUCCAAGCAAUCAUGAUUUUAAUUGGAGGGUUCUUUAAAUUGCCACAUGAUCUUCCUAAGCCAAUUUGGCGAUAUCCAUUACAUUAUGUUGCUUUUCAUACAUAUUCCUUUGAAGGAUUGUUUAAGAAUGAGUAUGAAGGACUAAGAUUUAAUGUAAAAAAGGGACAAGGCACUAGUAAUUACAUUACUGGUGAAGAGAUUUUGAGAGAUAUUUGGCAAAGUGACAUGAGUUACUCUAAAUGGGUUGAUCUUGGAAUUUUGCUUGGGAUGAUUGUUUUGUAUCGAGUUUUGUUCCUUGUUAUAACCAAGAUUACAGAGAAAGUGAAGCCUGUUCUUGGAUCAUUGUUAACUUGCAAGUCAAUAUCAUCCGAUACAAUCGUGGAGAAGCCUGAGCUACUUCUUUAA